AUGGAACCCGAACCUUUGCAGUCAUCAAAUUUGGAACCAGUUCCGGAACGUUGCUCUCCCGUGCCCUGCGAAGGCGUUACCGUAAAGGAGGAACCGCACAAGGACGACGACACAUCGAACGAGAGCGUUUCCCGGCAGAUUAAGCUGGAACCGGAAACGGUGAUAUCCGAGGAUACGUCGUGCUCGUUCCAGUUCGAAACAGUGCAAAAGGAAGAACUGGACAUAGCAGACGAUGAGCUGUUCGAAGAGGAAGAAUGUUCCGAAUCGUCCAGCGAUGAUCAGGAUUCGGCCGGAGAGGGCUUCGAAUCGCACGUGAACUUUGUGCUGCACCAGCGCUGGCGAAAGCAACUGAUAGUGAAAAAAUCAGCACGAGAACCAGCUCAGACCAAACAACCGCUGCAAAAGACUGCAAAGGAGCAAUUCUUCACCUGUCACAAAUGUGACGCGACGUUCACGUCCUGGAAAGAGUACCGCAUACACCUGCGGAAGCACCAAAUGCAGCACAUUAUCGCCCAAGGCAUCUACAAGUGCGUUUGCAUCGCGAGCAAGCUUGACGCGGCACACCGAGCGGGGAACCGCCGAAAAGUGUCGGAAGAACGUGCUAAGUUCAUCUGUGGUGAGUGCAAGAGGUCAUAUUACUCGCGAAUUUUGUACGAAAAGCACGUUUUGCGACAUCAGAAAGCAAAAAAUAAGGUUAGGGUUGAAAAGAAGGCAGGGGCAUCGGAUUGGGAGUGUGAAGAGUGUGGCAAGAAGUUUCCGGUCGUGGACUAUUUCCGCAAACACCAGCGGAUGCAUGAUGCCAUAAAAAAUGCCAAGUACAGGUGCGAUGUAUGCCAAAAGUUGUUUGCAGAGCAAAGAUCGCUGUGCAGACACGUUAAAAGUGUGCAUAACAAGAGUCAGAAGAAAAGAGAUCUCAAUUCAUCAAGGGAAGCUGUUGAUUGUCCCGUGUGCAACAAAUCCGUCUAUAAGGACGGGUUGACAACUCACCUGCGAUAUCACAAGUAUCUCACAACGGAGAGAUAUAAAUGUAACGAGUGUAGUAAGGUAUUUUCAAAUAAAGCCGGCUUAGCUGCCCACCACCUGCGUACAGCUUGUGCACCGCCCAGCAAUGUAGUGCAACUGCACGACGAGCGAAAACCUUAUACUUGCGCUGAAUGCGACAAAUCGUUCUUCAAAAAAACGUAUCUCAACACGCACAUCAAGCGGAUCCACGAAAAUAAACGGCAAGGCGUAUUUCAGUGCGGAACCUGCCACAACGCUUUUGGCUCCAAGUCACACCUAGCGACACACGAGCUGACCCACGCCCCACGGGAACAACGAGCACCAACAGCUAGACAGGAGAAACCGCCGGAAGAGCCGCUGAACCUGGUUUGCUCGGAGUGCGGCAAGGGCGGCUUUCCCACCCGCAAAAGCGUCAUAACGCACCUCAAGCGCGUUCACGAGAACAAGUCCAAGGGAAAGUACCAGUGCCAAACGUGCCAGAAAAUUUUCGGCUCACGAUCCAACCUGUUGGCACACGAACAGACGCACGACCCUCAGCAAACGGAAAGGCGGUCCACCAAAAAGAAGAAUCCACCGGAUGACGCCGCCGAGCAGACGAAUCACGUCUGUACGGACUGUGGCAAAUGGUUACCGAACCGGAAGAGUCUCCUAACACAUAGGAAGCGGGUUCACGAACAUAAGCGGAACGGCACGUUUCGGUGCCAAACGUGCAGCAAGGUGUUCGGGUCGCGGCGAAACUUGGUGAAUCACGAACGGAGUCAUGUGGGGAAGGGGAGGGAGACUAGCGCGGACGGUGAUUCGGAUGAUCUCUCGGGAGCGUUGUUGGUGUCGGGUGUGUGAGGGUUUGGGAGCUGGGCCGAAAGUGAAUUAAAAUUGGCUUCAAGAUGUUAAAAAGA